ACGACGAAGACGACCAAGUUUCGCCGACUUCCCGGGCAGCGAGCCUCUCGGCUUGCAGAACCGUACGAACUUUUACCGCGGUCGCAUCUCUCGAGCGGCGUCGCCCAGCGUUUUUACAUUUUUGUUUUACCUUUUUUUUGUUUUUUUUUUUUUUUUUUUUUUUUUUUUUUUUUUCCUUCGUUUGUUUCAAUUUCACUCACGCGCGUUGUUUGUACCUAUUAUCUCUCUCUCUCUCUCUCUCUCUCUUUGUUUUGCGUCGCUGUAUAUACACAUACGAUACGCCUGUUGCGCACUCAACCGAGCAAGCAACACUAGUUGGCCCAAGCACCAGGAGAGAGACGCACACGAUCGACCGAGUCCGUGAGUUAAGCUUCGACCAACAACAAGAUGGUUUACGAGAGCGAUUUCUACACAACCCGACGACCCUACUCGUCGUCGUCCCGGCCCUACGUGUCGUCGUACUCAGUUACGCCGCUGCUGCGGGUCCCAUAUUACCUGUACGACCCCUACGUCUUCCGAUACUACGUGAGGUCGUUGCCUCACAUGCCGUAUACGGCGCACCGGAAGCUCGUAACGAUCGUGCGUACGGUGCCGGUGCGGAUUUACCACGCCGGCGCGUACUGGCCCGUCGUCAAGACAAUUAGGCUGCACGCUAAAGUCAGGCCCAGCAUCAUAGCGGCAGAGCUCAACAGGAUACGCUACCUCACCAGGCCCUCCUUCAACUCGUACGUCGAGCAGUACCUUAACUCCAAGGGGUUCACCGAUUUCGAUGACGAAGCAAAGGAUAUCCGCGCAAAGACGGCUAAACUCCUCCGCAACAUUCACGUCUUUGUUCCACGACCCUCCAUUAGCGAUUACGACGAGCACACGCUACCCGAGCGUCUGCGCAGCGACGACUACGUGAGGCGCAUAAUCAACGCGAAAAAUGCGCGCAAGGACAUCGAGAGCCUGCCGUGGUACUCGAGCCCGCAGAAGCGCUCGAUAGGCGAGGGCCACCUGGCGUGUAUCAAAUACGCAGGGGGCAGGCCCCAGGCGAAGCGGCGCUCCUACUACACGGUCGGCGACCUCGUGCCCGGCGACGUUAAAUCCGACGUCAAACUCAUGAGCUACUACAUGAAGAACCGCAAGGCCGCCGAGGAUGCCUCUCCGUUAAUUAUACAUCAUCAUAGCGUACCUAUUAGCGAGGAUCACGAUGGUUAGUAUGAAUUUUCAAUCGAUCAAGCUGAAAUUAAAAAAAACAGGCUUACUUACGGAUUUGCUUUUUCUUUUUUACCUUUUGCUGACGAGAAAACAAAAAAAAAAUGAGCACCUCUCAAGUGGCAUAAGUCAUCUUGAUAAUUAAGCGCAACAAA